CCAGCUUUCAUAACAUUUCUCCUCGUUUCCAGGAUCAAAAAACCCUAAACUGAUUGAAGAGAAAGGAAACAAGAUGACUGGAAGGGAGGAUGACGAAGUUGGCAGAGGUAAAGAGAAAGAGGAAGAGCAAGACGACAUGUCCAUACACUCUCCCUGUAAAGCUCCACCUUCCUCUGCUUCUUCUCUCUCCAAGGAGCAAUCACAGGUUGAACUGGAGCUCACGUUAUUAGAAGCUCUUGAAAUAUACCCUCCAGUUAAACUCCGAGGCAUACAUCGUCACUUUGUUCUUUACGGUCUGAUGGAAUAUCUCGGUAGAAGCUUUGAUCGACAGUUCACAGCAGAUGAGGUUCUGCAGCUACUGGAUCGUUUCUACAACAUUGAGAUGCUGAAAUCAGAUGACGACGACAUUGAGAUUCUUAAUCACGAAGAAGACUUCACCUUGCCGCAGAGUUACUUUGAUAAGGAAGAAACAAUGGCAUAAGAAGAAGGAUAAGUGGUCUUUGCUUCAUUCUCAGUUCUCUUUUUGUAUAUGGUUGGUUAGGUUUGUCCCCUAGUCUUAUUCUACUGUAUAGUAUGCACUAUGCAGUAAUACUAAUAUAGAACCAUCAGAGCAUUAUUGAUCUUUUCAUGAUGACAUUUAGUGCCAGUGUUGUGUUUGUUUGGGAGUUUCUAAUAAUACAGUUGCAUUGCUUUGUGUAUUAUAAAUAGUCAAAACAUAUC